CAAAGCUCAAACGAAGCAUGCAUAUUGUAAUAUCAAUCAGCAGCAAAAAGUACACUGUGAAAAUUACAAUAUGCUAAUUUAAAUUCACAAACAUCGGUCAAAACAGCAUUCAUUGCUGUAGCUUACAAGCACAAUAGUCUGCCAGAAAACAAGUCAAAAACCGAAAGCCGAACACAAUUAGAGAUUCAAAAUGGCACAUAUUAAAGUUUUCGCCCGACCUCGUUCGGAUAUUCAGCCGAGUGAAUUUUUCAUAGUAGGUGAGAAAACCCUAACUGCCCAGUUUAACGAGCUCUCGGUUACCGGCGCAACACACCACCCGAUUACAUACGACUUCAAGUUUUCACACGUUUUCGACCGAAGUGCAGGCCAAGAAGAUGUUUUCAGGAAAGUUUCAGUCGACAGUGGGUUGCUUCAGCAGUUUAUUUUGGGUUUCAACGCAACUAUUUUUGCUUACGGCCAAACUGCUUCGGGAAAAUCCUACACGGUUGAAGGCAGAAAAAGCGACUUGAAUCAUCUGGGAAUAACACAACGAUCAAUUUCUUACAUUUACGAAAGUCUUCAACAACGAAAAGAUGAGCAUGUUGAAAUUCAGCUAUCUUACAUUGAAAUUUACCAAGAAGCGGCUUACGACUUGUUAAACCCAGUUGUGGGCAAAAACGGACACUCUACUUUUCCAAGAAUCGCUGUUCGCGAGGGAGGCGGAGGUGUUUCCUUCUUUCAAAACUUAAGCUGCAUUGCCGCGCCGACGGAGAAAAUAGCCCAACAGUUGUUUGCGCGCGCAGUAGCUAACCGACAAGUUGCAGAGACAUCGGCUAAUUUGAUAUCUUCACGUUCACAUGGUAUUUUCUCGUUAUAUUUGACCACACAGAAAGUUGCAUCCGAAACAAAAACUUUUUCGAAACUUCACAUUGUAGAUUUGGCAGGAUCGGAAAGAGUGUCUAAAACUAAAGCUAGUGGUAAAGUUCUAAGAGAAGCUCAGUCUAUAAAUUUAUCAUUGCAUUAUCUCGAACAGGUUAUCUUGGCGCUUCAAUUAGAACAGAGACUUUGUGGCACUGAUAAAGCUCACGUUCGGAAACUACAUAUACCUUAUCGGAACUCGCAAUUAACCAUGAUUCUUCGGGACAGUUUGGGAGGUAAUUGCGUGACAGCUAUGAUAGCAAAUUUACACUUGGAUACGAGUAAUUUGGGUGAAUCAAUUUCGACAUGUAGGUUUGCCCAGAGGGUCGCAUUGGUUGCCAAUUUUGCAAAGAGGAAUGACCAAGUUGACCAGAAGGUGUUAGUUAAGAGACUGAGGUCGAGAAUAAGUGAGUUGGAGGCAGAGAUUCAGUCUUUGGAGGGCAAGAACCCUCCUCUGACGGAAGAGGACAAAGAUAUGUGUUGGAGAGUGAGUCACGAGUUCAUAGAGGGCAGGCUGGACAACUUGUUCCCAGAUCACCUGAAGACUUGGAAUGAACUUCAGGAGAGCAUGUUGUAUAUCCGACAGAUGCACAACGAUCAAAUAGACUAUCUCACUUCUGAAGUCAGCAACUGCGACAAGUGCAACAACAGACAACUAAAGUCCAUGUGCACUAGUUUCUCGGUCAUGGAAAGCUCCAGAACCUCCCGGCCGACUUCAGCUCGGCCGACUUCAGCUCGGCCGCCGACUACACGACGCAGCUCAACACGACAGUCGGCCAUUUCAUUCCGAGAACACAGUCACAGAACGUCGCAUAGAAAAUCUUCAAUCAAGAUGAACAAAUCAUUUGAGAAUUCGUUCAUGAUGCAAAAUUCUGAGAAGUCGUUUUCGAUUCAGGAAGUAGAUAAAGAUGCUGAGGAAGAUGAUGAUGGCGAAGUUCAUGGUGACUCGAAAAUUGACAGUUUCAAAGAUUUGGAGACAAUUUAUACUCGAAAUGGAAAGCGGAACGGUUAUUUAUCGCCAUACGACAAGAAAACGAUUCGCGAAAUACAAAAGGUGUCCAAAGCAGUUGAGAAAGGUCAGAAGGAGGCGGGGAGUAAGAAGGAGCAGGUGAAGAGUAAGGAGGCGGCUCUGAAGGCGCAGCAGCUGCAGUUGGCACUCUACACUCUGAGACACAAGGCACAGAUCACAGCCGAGCAGAUGGCAGACCAACACGCAUUCGUACUUCAGAUGAAACACAACAGAAACAGGGACCCAUCUCUGGACGAGGAGGACAUCGAACAAGAAAAACUUGCCGAGUUUCAACUGAAGAAGCGUCUCUACAAAUUAGAACAGAAGAUUCAAGUAGUAGAACAAAACAUGGACGUCAUUCAUCAACACCAACAGUCAUCUCAACGCAGUUCACUCCAGGACAAAACAGAGUCGCGUUCAAAUAGUCGACACAACUUAUCAGAAGACAAACCGGUCGAGGUCAUCGGGUCGAAUGGCAGUAGUAAAGGUCGAAAAAAGGUUACUGAAGGUCAAAGUGAUAGACCGAACUCUGGUUUGUCGAGUGAUAAUCCAAUUUCGCCAAGUACAGUUCAACCGAUUUCUUCGAUAGGAAAUAUUCGCAUUGCAAGUAAUACAGUUUUACAGCAUCUUAAAAUAGAGAACGAGAGUUUACAAAAUAGUUCGAAAAAGUUGUCAAAUCAGCAGCUUCAGCAAAAAGAUCAAGAACUGUGGAUUAAAGAAGAGCAAACCAGAAUAAAGCUAGAACAGCUUAAGCGAGAACUUAAGAAACAAGAAGAAAGUGAAAACUUUCUUCAUAGAAUUCAAAGCAGAAAACCCGUUCAGUCCCGCAGAACUUCAGAAUUGCAAUCAAACGAUGUGAUCAAAGUAGAAAAUUUGGACGACACUUAUGAAAAUGUUCUAGAAGAUUCUGGAACUUUGAAGAGAAGCGACUAUGAUGUAGCGCCUGUAAAUGGUAGAGGAGAUUCAGAUAUUAAUGCAAUGAAUGUAUCAUCUAGUUCAGACUCAGAUGUGCUGGAUGUUUUACACAAACCAAAACAACAACCACCCGAGGAGCCUAUUGGAGUUCAAGCAAUGACUGAAAAUGACCGCCAGGAAAAAUCAAACUACCUCGAAAGCCAGCAGGAAAUAAUCAUGAACAGAUUAAGAGCCCUCCAGAAAAGUACAACCCUCUCACAGCACACAACAGUCAACAAUGACAGCCUAGCCGAAAUUUCAUCUCUCUCGGCAGCCAUACGACUUCGGCCGAGUCCCGACAUCGGAAAAUAUUCCACGACUUCGUUCGUGUCAGAAAACGGAGACGAACCUCAACGCAUGAGUAGCCCAGCGACACAUCAUUUGGGCACAUUUACCAAUGGCAGCUUAGAAGGGUUUAAAGCGGAAACAAGGUGAUGAUAAAACAUUAAAUUGUUCUUUUUGUUGUUUUUUUUGCCUUCUGUAAAACCAAAGCUUUAAAAUAUAAGUUUGUAAGAAAUAAAACUAUU